GCGUCCCAGCUCGGCCCCGGGUGCUGCCCUCGCGUCCGCCGCGCUCCGGCCUGGGGUCUCGUGGCGGGAAGCGAGGCGAAGCGGGGAGCAGGGCGGAGGGGGGUCGAGGCGCGCUGCGCUGCCGCCCGGUCCUCUCCGGGAGCUGCGGACCCCGGGCGCGCGGGGCUCGGCGGCGCGCGCACUAUGCGGGCGGAUUGCCGGCCGCCGCGAUGGCGAGCCGGGCGCCGCUGAGAGCCGCGCGCAGCCCGCGAGCUCCCCGAGGCCGGGCCGCGCCCGCCGCCACCGCCGGCCGGGCCGCGCUGCGCAUCGCCCGCUGCUGCCCCCUCCCUCCCGGCCGCAACUCCCCGUCCAGGCCUCUGCUGCUCCUCCUGCUCCUGCUGCUCCAGGACGCGGGAGCCCAGCAAGGUGAUGGAUGUGGACACACUGUACUAGGCCCUGAGAGUGGAACUCUUGCAUCCAUCAACUACCCACACACCUAUCCUAACAGCACCGUAUGUGAAUGGGAAAUCCGUGUAAAGAUGGGAGAAAGAAUUCGCAUCAAAUUUGGUGACUUUGACAUUGAAGAUUCUGAUUCUUGUCACUUUAAUUACCUGAAAAUCUAUAAUGGAAUUGGAGUCAGCAGGACGGAAAUAGGCAAAUACUGUGGUCUGGGUUUACAAAUGAAUCGGUCAAUUGAGUCCAAAGGCAGUGAAGUCACAGUGCUAUUCAUGAGUGGAAUCCAUGCUUCUGGACGAGGAUUUUUGGCUUCAUACUCAGUUAUAGAUAAACAAGAUUUAAUCACUUGUUUGGAUACUGUAACUAAUUUUUUGGAACCUGAGUUCAGUAAGUACUGCCCAGCUGGCUGUCUGCUCCCCUUUGCUGAAAUAUCAGGAACAGUUCCUCACGGAUAUAGAGAUUCUUCGCCAUUGUGUGUGGCUGGAAUCCACGCGGGAGUAGUGUCCAAUGUGCUCGGUGGCCAAAUCAGUGUUGUGAUUAGCAAAGGCACCCCGUACUAUGAAAGCUCUUUGGCUAACAACGUCACUUCCAUGGUGGGAUACUUGUCUGCGAGUCUGUUUACAUUUAAGACAAGUGGUUGUUAUGGAACUCUGGGGAUGGAGUCCGGUGUGAUUGCUGAUCCCCAGAUAACAGCGUCAUCUGUACUGGAGUGGACUGACCACAUGGGGCAGGAGAACAGCUGGAAACCCGAGAAGGCCAGGCUGAGGAAGCCUGGGCCUCCCUGGGCUGCUUUUGCCACAGACGAGCAUCAGUGGCUGCAGAUAGACCUGAAUAAGGAGAAGAAGAUAACAGGUAUUGUAACCACUGGAUCUACCAUGGUAGAGCACAAUUACUAUGUGUCUGCCUACAGAGUUCUGUACAGCGACGAUGGGCAGAAAUGGACAGUGUACAGAGAACCUGGCGUGGAGCAAGACAAGAUAUUUCAAGGAAACAAAGAUUAUCACAAGGAUGUUCGUAAUAACUUUUUGCCACCAAUUAUUGCACGUUUCAUUAGAGUGAACCCUGUCCAGUGGCAACAGAAAAUUGCCAUGAAAGUGGAGCUGCUUGGAUGUCAGUUCACUCUCAAAGGUCGUCUUCCAAAGCUUACUCAGCCUCCACCACCUCGGAACAGCAAUAACCUCAAAAACACCACAACCCAUCCCAAACCAGGUCGUGCCCCUAAAUUUACCCAAGGACUUCAGCCUCGAAGUAGGAAUGAACUUCCUGCACAUACAACUGCCACUCCUGACAUAAAAAACACGACCGUGACUCCCAGUGUAACCAAAGAUGUCGCGCUGGCUGCUGUUCUUGUUCCUGUGCUGGUCAUGGCCCUUACCACACUCAUCCUCAUUUUAGUGUGUGCUUGGCAUUGGAGAAACAGAAAGAAAAAAACUGAAGGCACCUAUGAUUUACCCCACUGGGAUCGUGCAGGUUGGUGGAAAGGAGUGAAGCAGUUUCUUCCUGCCAAAUCGGUGGAACACGAGGAGACGCCAGUUCGCUACAGCAAUAGUGAAGUUAGUCACCUGAGUCCGAGGGAAGUCACCACAGUGCUGCAAGCUGAUUCUGCAGAAUAUGCACAGCCCCUCGUGGGAGGAAUCGUUGGCACACUCCAUCAGAGAUCUACUUUUAAACCUGAAGAAGGGAAAGCAGCAGCCUAUGCGGACCUAGAUCCUUACAACUCUCCAGUGCAGGAAGUAUACCACGCCUAUGCUGAACCCCUGCCCAUAACGGGGCCCGAGUAUGCAACUCCGAUCGUCAUGGACAUGUCAGGGCACCCCACAGCCUCAGUUGGCCUGCCCUCCACAUCCACUUUCAAAACUGCAGGGAACCAACCUCCCGCUAUAGUGGGAACUUACAACACGCUUCUCUCUAGGACUGACAGCUGCUCCUCGGGCCAGGCUCAGUACGACACCCCGAAGGGUGGGAAGCCAGCAGCUACCCCAGAGGAACUGCUGUACCAGGUGCCACAGAGCACCCAGGAGGCAUCGGGAGCGGGAAGGGAGGAGAAAUGUGAUGCCAUUAAAGAAAUCCUUUAAAGGUGGUGCUGCUUUUGACAAAGCAUCCAUUUAAAGCACAUGGCUUUUUAAUUCUUAGUGGUAGUGAUAGUAGAAUGUAUCAAGUAUCUGUCACUGAAGUGGUUAGGGGAAUGUGGUGACCGAGGUACAAGAAACUACUUAUUUUGCCAUCUUGCUUUAAAGGUGUUACUGUGUGACACAGUUACUGCUUGCCUGUUACAUUUCAGACAUCCCGUUUGUUACUACUGUAAAACACUAUUUUUAAUACAGAAAAAGCUCCCUAUAAUGCACUUCAGAGAAACUGAAAAUCACUGAGUAUUUAUUACCAAUGCUGCAGGUACAUUAAUGAGCUUGAGAUGGUUCUGUAAGCCUUGCUGGCAAUAAUGCAUGGUACUGUUCUUGAAAUACCAAAUGGCUUGAAAUUCUCCCUUUGUGAAAGGUGUGUACUAUCAUGCUUUCCUCCUCUGCUAAUCCUGUGUUGCUGUCCGCAUUCUUUGUUUACUUCACAACAAUCAGCGAUGGGUAAGCCUGUUCCAGUGGCAGCCAUGAAUACUUCUCUGUUUCCCCAGGAAGAUGCAUGGUUAGAACACUCUGCCUUGCAGUGAGCUAGGUGACUGGCCUCUUAUUUGAUGACACUCUUGACAGCAGUAACAUAUUGUGCCAAGGGCCUGGUCUCUCCUCUGUUCAUCCCACCCGGGACCCUCUGUGGCCUUGCUCCACCAUGUGUUUUAUGAACGCUGGAGGCCUCCUUUGCAGUAGGCAGUCACGUGAAACCAGCCUUCCCUAAGUAUACUUCUCCACAUGGACAUGGGAGAGAAGCAACUCACAGUUUAGAAAAGCUAUAAACGGAAGAAAUAAAAGACACUAAAACUUAACCUCCUUUGCCUUACUUACACACAAGCCCAAAUAUGCAAAUUUUCUGUGAGUCCCAAAAUAUUUUGUAAUUUUUGACAAAUACAUUUUAAUUUUCUUCAGUAAACCACUGUAAGAAAAAGAAAACCAACAUAUGAGCCAGGCCUGAUGGUUCAGGCCUAUAGUCCCCAGUACCUGGGAGGCAGAGGCAAGAGGACCCCGAGUUCAGUGCUUUGUAUUAUACAGACUGAGUUCAGGACUAACCUAGGCCACUCAUAAAACCCAAAAUAAGGGGUGGGGAUACGUCUCAGUGGUUUAGUGCUUGCCUACAACAUUGUGAGGCCCGAGGUUCAAUCCCCACUACUACAGAAGGAAAAUAAAGGGCGGCAUGCAUUCUUCGGGUCUCUCUGAUUCUGCCUUCUGUCUGGGAAGAGACCUAAAUAGUCCUUUGUGUCAGACCUGGUUGACAGAGAUGCUGUAGCAUCCGAACCGUGUGUGACUGUUCCAGCAUCCUACUUUCACUGCUUGAACAGGACCCGCCUUGCACACGUUUCAGCAGGAAAAACCACAGUUUAAUGGAUUAGCCUGUAGUACGGAAACCACCUUCUCCUGUCUGUAGGCUGGCAAGAUAACUGAAAAAGCACAUCAGAGGUGGACAUAAAUGCCCUGCCCCGUCUACAAACCUGUUUGCAGACUUAAGGUAUACUUGGCCGUUGGGUCCUUGGCAUGUUUCUCAGCUUGUUAUUAGACUUCACUCCAUUUGGACGGUGGUAAACAGUAUUGCCUUUGCUUCCUUCAGCCCGCACACCAGUAUUGUAAAACGCUGCUUCCGAAACACAACUGUUUGUUUCCGCAGGUUUCUGUCGCCUUCUCAUACGGCUUGCUUUUAUUGUAGUUUUGCCUUUUGUCUUACAGAGUUUGAGACACAAUCUCACUUGUUGAGACAUGAGCGCACAGCUUGCUUCAAGGUAACAAAGCAAAAAGCACAGAUGUUUGAGAAUGUGUAGAGUGCAUGCUGUUCAGGUGCCAACAGAGCAGACCUUCUGCUGUUUUGUUUUCACGCAUGCCCAGGACACAGAGAGUCGAGUUCUCUUCGAGUCACAUUCCCACUGGAAGCUUGAAGAGAUGCUGCAGAGAUGAAGUCAUUUUUCCCAAAGAAGCCUGCUAUUUUGUGUAACUGUGUGCCCCCGGUUAAUUUCCCCCAGAACUCUUUAAAAACAAAGUGAGGCCAUGUUUGUUGGUAUGACGCAUAUUGUAAGACUUGAUUCCUAUUGCCACUGUGCUGUCCUUGAACUCUACCAAUGGUUUUCACAGAAUACCUAGUUAUUUUUAUAUAUUUUUACUUUGCAGAUAAAGAGCUGAGCCUGAUUCAAAUGAUUUCUUCCUGGUUUUAUACUUUUCCCGUUUAGUUUCUGUAUUAUAGAUUACCUUAGGUUCUUAGUCACUUACAUGUCUGAGAGGACAAUCAAGUAAAAUGUGAAAGUAACCAUUUUUUGACCAAACUCCUUGAUUUUUUUUUUAAUUCUUCGCUCGAAAUAUUCAAUGCUUAAUUGGAUUUUCUGUUUCCUAAUAACGAUUAUAGAAAUAUAUAGACAACAGUGUGGCGAGCGCUGCCUUGGGAGGUUUCAGAAAAUUACACUGACUUGACUGUUCCUUGAUCCUAGAAACCAGCACAGAUAGAGAUACUGUGGAUUCUGGUUUGCAUUUUAUUAAAUGCGGUUUGUAGCUCCAAGUGGUUCCUGUUGAACGUGCCAGGUCUAUCCAUUUAUUUCAUUCAUGUUUCACUGUUUGCACUUUCCAUUGAACAAUGGUUUUAUUCGCUAUUCACAGAGAAUUUAUGCAGUCGUUACAGUGAUGGUGUGCUGUGUGUGUGUUCACUUCUCCUCUGCCUGUCCCGGGGAUGAAGUGUUAAAAGUGGAUGUAGCCACAAGAUGUGGCCAGGGACUGAGUGGGAGCUUCUGUGCCUUGGCUCUGCAUUGUCACCUGGAGAGCAGCAAAGGGGAGCAGAAAACCAAGGCAGACAAGACCACUAGAAAGAGCCCCGAGAUUAUGGGGGAUACUGGAAGGGUCCAGAUCCUCCAAGGAGAACUGGUGGGGGCUCUGUGUUAAAAAAAAAGGGGGGGGUAAUUCUACCUUUGGGUUGAACUUGAAGUCCCUAAACUGCAAACUCUAAGGAGUUGGAUGAUAGUGUUUAGGCGAACUGUGGCACCAAUUCUCAUUUAGUCCAACUUUCAUUUUCCAUUUUUGGCACUGGGAAUGGUGAAAACAUGUAUUGAAGUACAGAGGAGUGCCAGUUCUAUUCUCCCAGAAUGUAUUUUUCUUACCUCGGCAUGUACUGUAGUCACUUGAUAUUUGUAUAUGUUGCUAGAAUUUAGGCUGUUGAAAAUAGUGAAAUUCUAAUGUGUUUUUAAUAAAUUAUAUGUGUCUUGCUCAGA